AUGUUUGGAAAUUUGUUUAACGAAGAUAUGGGUCAGCAGGGGGCAGCAGCAUCAGCAGUCUCUGUCAUACCUUCACCUCCUGGCCACAGGCUCGAUUGUGGCUUGGCGGGGAUUGACAAUCAAGGAGCUACCUGUUAUCUGAAUUCCUUGUUGCAAACGCUUCUGUUGACACCAGAGUUCAGAGAAAAACUGUUCAUGUUAACAGAGCAAGAUCUUGGCAGUCUUAGAGGUGACAAUAGUUCUAGCUCAAAAGUUCGGGCUAUCCCCUUACAGCUACAGCGUCUGUUCUCACAGUUACUUCUGAGUGACCAGCAGAGUGUUAGCACCACUGACCUCACUAACAGUUUUGGAUGGACCAAUCGAGAAGAGUUUCAGCAACAUGAUGUUCAGGAGUUAAAUCGUAUACUGUUUAGUGCCAUAGAGGAAUCCUUAGUUGGCACACCUGCCCAGAACAUAAUUAAUGAGCUCUACCAUGGAACAGUUGUCAACCAGAUUGUAUGUUCAAAGUGCAAGAAAAUCAGUGAGCGAGAGGAGGAUUUUCUGGACUUAACAUUAGCUGUAGCAGGAGUGUCAGGACUGGAGUCUGCUCUGAAACAGAGUUACUGUGAUGUUGAAGUGAUGGACGGACGCAAUCAGUACCGCUGUGAGAUCUGCCAGACGUAUACUGAUGCCACUAAGGGUGCCAAGUUGAGAACUCUUCCCCCUUUGCUGACUGUAUCAUUACUGAGAUUUAGUUACGAUUUUGUCAAGAUGUCUCGCUACAAGGAAAAUGGAAGAUUUACAUUUCCUAUGCAGUUGGACAUGAGUCCAUAUUCUGAAAAGGGCUCAACAGAAGACAAUGAUAACUUAUAUGACUUAUUUUCUGUGGUUGUACACAGAGGCAGUGCCUUUGGUGGGCACUAUUUUGCUUACAUCAGAGACAUAGACAACCUGGGACAUUGGGUACACCCAGAUGGAGCAACUGUUGAACGUAAGGUUGACCCCAGCGUGACGGGCUUGGAUGUGAUUGAGUGCCAGUCUCCAGUGGAUCUGGUAGAAAAUAUCUUAGGGAAAGAGUCUCACUGCUCCAUGUCAAUCACAAGGCUGUGUGCGGAAAUAACCAAAGUCACCGGAGUCUCAUGGAACAAGCGGUUUAAAAAAGCCCAUGGUCCGAUAAAUAAAUUUCUGAAGUCAUGCAGCUUGUUUGAAUACAACCCUGACUCUAACUGGGUCAGUCUACGAUCUUCAGUUCCUGAGCCAGGACAGCGGUGGUUCUGCUUCAAUGACUCAGUGGUGACACCUAUUCAAACCACUGAUAUAGAGAGGCAGUUCUCUGGAAAAGAAAGUGCCUACAUGCUGUUCUACAGAAAGAAAAGUCUUUACAGACCAGAGGAAGGUUUGAUUACCAAUUUUUAUUUUGUGGCGUUUUGUCAUACAAGAUUCAACACUACAACAGGUUUGCUACAGGAGGUAAGGAGUCUGGGAAAUUUUCCAGCCUGGGAACAGGUACCGCAAGACUAUGAAAAGACCAUAAACACUAUCACAGUGAAAGUGUUUUUGGCAGAGCAUUUUACCUACAAUGGCCUGCUCCAAAUCAAGGGAGGUGUCUCAUUUGAUGCUGCACAUUGUCCCAUAGAAAUUGACAGGAGGAGCAGUUUUCAAUACUUGAGGGCAAGAAUUAAAGAGACUCUUGUCGACAGUGAUGUUCAUAACUUCUCAGUGCAUCGAAUGAAAGCAAGAUGUGGUAGCUUUCACUUGUAUGAGGAGUUGACAGACGAAAGUGGUACGCUGCAAGACUUGAACUUGACAUCCGACAGUUUUCUUUUUGUGUGGAAUGGAGCUGUGAUGAAUGACUCUUUUGUGAACUGUGGUGAAGAAUGUGAGCCAAUUGAGUUGGUCAUCAAAGACCCGGAUGAAAAUAUUUUAGUAUAUGUCACGCUAGCCAAGAACAAAUGUCUGUCUGAUCUAUACAAGGCUGUGACAGACAAAACAGGUUGCCAGACAUAUCAUUUAUUGGCAUGUAAGCCUGGAGAAAAUGACUCCAAACUUUCAGAGUCUAGUGACACUACCCUUGCAACUGCUGGCCUCAAGGAUGGAGACACUUUACUAAUGGUGUUACCUAACAGUAAUUCCAGCCCACAUCUAGAGGGUCCAAUAAAUGGGACAUCUGGUGUUGAAGCUUCAGGUGAUCCAAAAUGGUCUAUAACAUUGCUGAACAGGCUAGCUGGUAAUGACAAUCCACAUACUUGCAAAAGUAUUCCAAUGAGAACCACAGCAUCCACAACAUUGAUGGAGUUGAAGUUACAAGCCCUAAAUUUACUUCAAGUGGAUAGUAUUCUAUUUGAUACCACACGACUGCGGCAGAACCAUCAGACUAUGGGGCUGUACCCUCCAUUACGAGAAGGUUUGACUUUAGCUGACGCUGGGCUUUCAAAUGGCGUGUUUCUAGUUUUGGAGAAUGGGAAACCACCUCAGGAUUCUGAAAUGACUGUUCGUGUCAACAAAGUCGUCGGUGGAAAGUUGUUGUCUGUUCAGGAAUUUUUGGUCGACAGACAACAGACUGUGUCAGAGAUGCUGCAGACUUCGUGUAAGCUGAUGAAUUGUGAAGGAACCCACUGGUAUCUCAGCAAAACAGAUGCAUUUGGAGACCCUGCUGAUCCUCUGGAAGACAGCACAGCCACACUCCUGGACCUAUUGAUCAACGAUGGAGAUACACUUGUCUUGCAGCAAGGCUCUUUCUUGAAGAAGGAUCAGGUUUGUGUGAGUGUGUGGCUUGCUCCGUACCAUCAGCCAUCGCCUACAGCACUGAAGGAAGUAACAGGCGGUGGGGAUGUUGCCAUGCAGCAAGACGAAGAGGACAAAGUAAUGUUGGAGUUGGCAGCAAAAUUGUCCUUGAACGAAUGUGUGUCCAGCAACCAUUUGAAUCCACUUAAUGACCGCCUGUACCCUGACAUGGAGCAGCUGUUUGAAGCACCGUUUGUGAUACCCAAGUCCAUGAGUGUGGAGGAACUAAAGCAAGCUUUGAUGAGUACAGAAAAGAUCCAGACUUUAAGAAUUCCCACUUCCAAUUUCAUGAGGUUGAGGUUAAUAGAGGGAAGCAGAUUGAAAGCCGUCAUCAGGAAUAACUCUCAAGUGCUCAAACACAUCAGUACCAAAGAAACUGUUAGCCUGGCAGUACAGGUUCUAAACUUUGAGGAAAACUUGGGAGUACACGAAACACUGCUGCUGUUGGCGAGAAAAAUUGGGGGGACUCGCAUUUACAUGCCAGCUCAGGAAUUUCUGUGGAAUACAUCAAGUGGGGUAGGGGCAGGAGAUCUGAAGAGAGUGAUAGCCACACGACUGUCUCUGCCACUGCAUGAUGUGUUGAUUGCUAAAUACAAUCCUGAGGUGUGUGAAUGGAUAGUCCUCCGUGAUCAGCCACAGAAAGUGCCUAAAAACAAAGGCAAGAAGAAAUCAAGUGCCCACAAAACAAAUGUCCGGCAAGCACCAUACUUCAUACAAGACGGUGAUCUUAUAGGAGUUAAGCUCCUGUCCGCUGAUAAAGGUAUUUUAGAUGCGGAUGACUUUUCCACACAAGAAGACAUUGAAAAGAGACAACUGAUACUGCAGGCUGCUGAAGAAAAGAAGAGGAUGCGAGAGGACAAGAAAAAGACUCAAACAGACACAUUUCCAGUAGUUCGACGUCCAGAAGUACCUCUCACGAUUAGAGUUGACAAAUUUUCAUAA